UCUCUCCCAUUCUCUUCGCUUUCAGUUCUAGUAAUUCCACAUACACACCUAGGUACUAACCUCGGCUGACAGCACUCAGGUCAUAUCGCAUCUAGCCGGCAGCUUCAUCUAAGAGUUCAAGGGCCUGAGAACGAGUGCAUACGAGAUCUCCUUCAGUUGGUGCUGACACGCACGCACCAUGGGUCUCCCCACCGUCGUCUUUCGACGACCUCAAUUCCGUUUCAUCGCUCUCGCUUCCGUUCUCAUAUUCUCCACCCUCUUCUACCUCUCCUUCCCCACCCUCACCUCCUCCUACCACGAUUACUUCCCCGAAGGCUUCGGCCCACCCCCACCACCCCCUCAUUCGCCAUGGAACAGACCACCACGGCGUCCGUGGGGACAUAAACAUCCUGGCGGAGAGAGGUUCGAUAUUGGCGUCGCGCCACCGCCGGAGUUGAAUACCAAUGGCGGAUUGUGGGAGGAGAGGGCGGAUAAGGUCAGGCAGGCGUUUUUGCAUGCUUAUCGGGCGUAUGAGAAGUGUGCGACGGGCUGGGAUGAGCUGUUGCCAAUUACUUGCAGGGGUGUCGAUAACUUCAAUGGCUGGGGUUUGACUGUCGUAGAAUCCCUCGAUACGAUGUGGCUCAUGGGCCUCUACGACGAGUUCGACGCCGCCCUGCCCGUCGUCGCCCAGAUGAACUUCACAAUGGCGCCGAAUAAAUACGCCCCCUUCUUCGAAACAGUCAUUCGUUACCUCGGCGGCCUUCUCUCCGCUUACGCUCUCUCAGGCGAAGCCAUCUUCCUCUCAAGAGCGGACGACCUCGGCACGCUGAUGUUGCCCGCGUUUGAUACUCCUUCGGGGUUCCCGAUGUACAGCGUGAACACCGUAACCGGGGCGACGAGCUGGAGCUGGAACGCCGGUGCUGGUCUUUGGGCGGAGGCGUACUCUUGUCAAUUGGAGUAUAAGUAUCUGGCGUAUCUGACUGGUAGACAGGGAUACUAUGAUCGCGCGGAGAAUCUCAUGCAGAGACUGUAUCGCGCUAAUACGACCGCUACGGACGGGCUUUAUCCUACUAUGUGGACGACGUUCACUGGAGAGCCACUCAAUACUCUGGUCUCUGUGGGCGCGUUUGCGGACAGUGGGUACGAGUACCUGUUGAAGCAAUACCUCCUCACCGGCCGCAUAGACACGCAAGUCCUCGACACUUACAUCAAAUCCGCAAACCUCAUAAUCUCCCACCUCAUGUUCAUCACCCCCACCCGCGGCCUCCUCUACGUAACCGACGCCCAAGGACCGCACCAACUCCCCUCCCACACAAUGGAACACCUCUCCUGUUUCCUGCCCGGCCUCCUCGCCCUCGGCGUCCACACUCUCGGCUCCCUCCUCACCCCCGCCGAAAGCGAACUACAUCUCUGGGCCGCGAAAGGACUAGGUCAGACGUGCUAUAUCAUGUAUGCGGAUCAGGUCUCUGGAUUGGCGCCGGACGAGAUUUCGGUGAUGGCGUGGGCGGGGCCGUAUAAGACCGAGAAAGAAAAAGUGGAGAAGAAGAUGGAGGGGUUGUGGUUGACUCAUCUCGCGAAGUGGCAGGAAGAGGAUGGGGGGGCUGGGAGGUUGAAUGUGGGCGAGGGGGGCGAUCCGCCUGGUGUGCGUCCUGUGCGACCUAUCAGUCUCACGGGGAGCGAUAAGGGAGAGAAGGAGAGGGAGUAUAGAGUGAGGAAGGCGGGGUAUUUGUUGAGGCCGGAGACGGUGGAGAGUUUGUAUUUGCUUUGGAGGGUUACGGGGGAUGAGGUGUGGAGAGAGAGGGGGUGGGAGGUGUUUGAGGCGAUUGAGAGGAGUGCGAGGAUGGAGGAGGGUGGGUAUGCGAGUGUGGUGAAUGUGGGGCAGGUGCCGACGCAGAAGAAGAAUGAGAUGCCGAGCUUCUUCCUCGCUGAGACCGUGAAAUACCUCUACCUGCUCUUCACCGACGAAGAACUGAUCCCGCUUGAUCAGUGGGUGUUCAAUACCGAGGCACAUCCUUUCCCUGUGUUUGAGUGGUCGGAUUGGGAGAAGGCGCGUUAUGGGAUUCGUUCGGAUUCGGCUUCGACUGGGACUGGGAAUUGAUCAUAUCAUGGCCCCUCCCUACCCGCUGACUACCUACUACCCAUACUCACGUUUCUAUCACCCGCCCCCAUACACACGCAUAUCAACCAUACCACUCAUACCAUUCAUCCCUCAUCCCUCUCACAUCCUCGUCUACCGCAUUGAUGCAUCUUCAUCCAAAGCGAGACGAGACGAGACUGACGAACGGACGGUUUUACUCAUUAGGUCCUUGGGAUGCCAGGUCCGUUCGGAUCGUGAUUCGUGAUUCGGACCGGACCCUUUUCGUUCGAGGCUUGCUACUUGUCUUUCGUCUCACUGCCUAAGUUACUUUACGAUGCUCGUAUUGUCACGGUGUAGAGUCGUGUUACAGUUCGUCGUCAUGCGAUCAUUGCUCUGCUUGCUACUGUUACAUACAUAUCGGACCGUUCGUGUUGCUUUUGUUUGCGUGUAUUCUUUGCUUUUGAAUAGAUAAUACAUGGAUUCGGAAU